CCAUUCACCUAUCACCUGGAAGUGCAUGGCGGCUUGUUGUGGUCGCGGGCAAGUGCAACUUUCGAAAUGAAGUUCAACUUGCCGUAUUCUCUAGUCCUGGUAUGUUUAUUACCAGUUAAUACGCGAAGCACAAUAUCUCCGUCGGAUAAAAAGAAAGUAAAGUCCGUGAAACCACUUCCACCGGGUGAAACGACGGUCUUCGAGCGUGAAUUAGUCACGGAACACGUCAAAGUGCACGACAUACUCAAGCACCACCAGUCGUACUGUCGGAGUAAAACUGCGGACAAGCGAUUCAAGGGCCCAGUGCUGGGAUACGUGACACCGUGGAACAACCGGGGAUACGAUAUCGCAAAGAUAUUCGGAGCCAAGUUCGCCUAUGUAUCCCCGGUUUGGCUGCAACUCGAAGUCUCGCGAGCCAAGGGAGGAUUUACCGUCGCCGGCCAACACGAUGUGGACCAGGGCUGGACCAAGGACGUUAAGUCACCGGGCAGGAACGUCAAAAUGGUUCCCCGAAUCCUGUUUGAGAGAUGGACACCAAAUCAGCUGGUCACAGUGUCUUCCUCCAAGAAAAAGCUGGACUCGAUGGCUACCAUCUUACAAGAGCUGGCAGACAAGAGCGGCUUUGAUGGUUACGUCAUAGAGCUGUGGUCCCAGUUUGGAGGCCAGAUGGCCGAACAAAUGACCAAGCUCAUCCAGCAUUUGGCGCAGCGACUCCAAGAGAAGAACUUGGACACUAUCUUGGUGAUACCGCCGUCUGUCUAUCAAGGGAAUGCCCCUGGCAUGUUCACCAAGAAAGACUUUGACAACCUUUCCAAGCAUGUGACGGCAUUCAGCUUGAUGACUUACGACUACUCUAGCCCUCAAAGGCCCGGCCCCAGCAGCCCGAUCGACUGGGUGCGCAAGUGUGUGGAAUCGUUGGCCCCCCAGAAGGGUGCGGCACGGGAGCGCAUACUGCUCGGGCUCAAUUUUUACGGCUACUCCUACACAAGCGUCGGGGGAGGACCUAUCCUCGGAAGCCAGCUUCUGAGCGAACUUGGCCAGAGCAAGCAGUCCAAAGUGAGCUGGGACCCCGAUGCUGCAGAGCACUAUUUUGAAUACAAGGCUGCCGACGGACGCCGCACCGUGUUCUAUCCGACGCUGCAUUCUGUCGAUCGGCGGCUGAAACUAGCCGAGGAGCUGGGCACGGGUGUGGCCAUCUGGGAGCUUGGUCAGGGGCUCGACUACUUCUACGACCUCCUCUAAGGAAAAGGCAUCGUGGUCUCCUUUUUUUCUUUUUUUUCGCCCACCUUUCAUUUUACGAAGAGUUAGUCAUCUUCAACUUGCCUUCAUACUGUAAAGUUUUCUACACUCUGUGACCAUCUAAAUAAAUUAGAUAGAGAGUAUCAUUCAGCUCAAAUAACCACAGUGAAACCUUCCAAGUCAAAUGCCUCGGUAACUGGGACUCCUCCCUUAGUGGGACCGUCAUGAUGCACACCGUAGUUGUUGCAGCUGGGCAGGUUUGAAAACGGUUUGUGAGGAAUGUGCCUAACCUUUGGACGCCGUCUGGUUUCUGCGACUUCGGCCGUUAGUGGUUGUGCAUGCUUGAUUCGGAUACAAGGGCAUCAAUCUGAGGAGUAUGUCAUAGGGGACAAACUGAGACCUUGACCCUUUAUUACAAACUCUGCAUACUACAUAACACUUCAGGUAUUUUCUAGGUGCUAAGUAGCCAUCGUAGUUGUCUUGGGGCAUGGGGACUGCACCUUCUUUUGGCUUUUGAUGCUCUGAAAUUGCUCCUUUUUUUUCAGUGGCAUUGUCCAUUAAUGAAAUAAACUUAAAUGAAGGA